AUGAACGUCGUUUCCUACCUUACCAAUAGGGUGCUGCCGCCUAAGUUCGAGGAAAAAGGCUCAGGCUCUGAAAAAAUUGGACUGAAUAGCGCAGGACGGACGGCGAAACCUGAAAGUGUAGAUCUCGAUGUGCCAAUCGCACAAAACCAAGACACAGAAAAGUCUCGAAGUGACUCGGAUCACGUCGAAAAAUCGAUAUCGAGGUCCAGAAAGGUGGGACGAAUGGCAUGGGCUAUACUCAUAUUUAUGCCCAACUUGCUGCUGGUGAAACCCGUGCUAUUUUUUUGGUUUGUCGUGACGUUCCCACUAAGCUUCGUGGAAAGAUCAGGCAAAGAGAAGAACAAAUCCGAAUUCCCACAGGAUACAAAUGCUGUCCCGACGGCAAACACCACCGGGUAUUCACCUGCGGCGUCGAAUUUCAAUACCAUUGCAGAAGAAGAAGACGAUAUGGGCGGAGAAGAGAUGAUUCUGCAGCCUGACACCGUCAAGGGAUCUCUUGCAGCAAAAAGACCCACACCAGACCCUAAUUUGUCACCGUCGCAGCAGCAGCAACAGGAGCAUUUGCUGUCUCCGCCAGCUCCGCAGGCAAAAAGUGCGAAAUCGGCUGCGAAGGCGACUAGUGUUCGGUCUGGUGCAAGCAGCAACGCGGGCGUCAUGCUGGGAUCGCGACGCAUGGGCCGAUUCCUAUUUCCGAAAAAGCUGAUCCCGCAGUCGAUGCUGAACCGCCAGAAGCGUCGCACGCUGGUACUGGAUCUGGACGAGACCCUGAUCCACUCGAUGUCGCGUGGAACCUCGUCGAGCAAUUCGUCGCAGGGCCACAUGGUGGAGGUCAAAUUCGCAGUCAGUGGCAUCUCGACGCUUUACUACGUGCACAAGCGGCCCUACUGUGACUUCUUUCUCACCAAAGUGUGGGACUGGUAUGAUUUGGUGAUAUUUACGGCGUCUAUGCGAGAGUAUGCAGACCCUGUGAUUGACUGGCUGGAGGGCUCGUUCCCAGGCCGAUUCUCCCGCCGUCUGUACCGCCAGGACUGCACUUUGCGGGACGGCAUUGGCUACAUCAAGGACCUGUCACUGCUGGCGCCGACGCACGCGCCGCUCAGCGACGUGUUCAUCAUCGACAACAGCCCUGUGAGCUACGCGAUGCACGUCGACAACGCGAUACAAGUCGAAGGUUGGAUCAGUGACCCAACAGACACAGAUCUGCUGAAUCUGCUGCCGUUUUUGGAGGCGCUGCGUUUCACAACAGACGUCCGGAACGUCUUGGCGUUGAAAAACGGCGAAUGCGCGUUUGCAAUGUGA